CAAACGGCCAAACGGGUGCUUUUACAGAUCUGCUCGCAUUUCGCCUCCAAAAACCAACCAAAACUUCGUUGCUUUAACAUUCUGUCUCCCUCCCUCUCUCUCUCUCUCUCUCUCUCUCUCUCUAUCUCCCUCACGGUCCUAAGCUAAUAAGCUUAAGAAUACCGAGUCCAUUUAAGCUUUAUGUGCGGCUGAAACUCAAAAUUUAGUCCGGGUUCUGAUAACAUGCAAUGUAAAAUACAGAGAGAGUGAUGGGCAAAUUUUGUAUAUAAGUGAUUGAAUUGCUCAUCAAAGGCUCGCCUGAGGCGUGCCCGAGGUGCGCUCGAGGCGCACAGACGCAGCCCAUAGCGCCUGAGGAACCCAAAGGCGCACGAUCUCCAGUCCACGCCCAUGCAAUCACACAAAGUAAACUUAUAAAAGAAGAAGGAGAAGAAGAAAAAGAAGAAAGAUCUGAAAAACCUGACUUGAUUUUAUCCUCUCUUAGGCUCGGGCUUAUCUAAUUUCUGAUCUGAAAUACAGGAUUGUGAACUUGUAUCCAAUGGAGGGAGUUGGGGGUGAGGGUGCCUCAGGGGCAUCACCUGUAGCCCAAUGGGGACAUGAUGCUUGGAGGAUGUAUCAGUAUUAUCUGGAUAAGAGUACACCUCAUGCAAUCAAUAGGUGGAUUGGGAGUCUUGUUAUAGUGGCUAUAUACUGUUUGCGAGUCUAUUUUGUUCAGGGGUUUUACAUUGUUUCCUAUGGGCUUGGAAUAUAUCUGCUGAAUUUGCUUAUUGGGUUUUUGUCACCUUUGGUUGAUCCUGAACUUGAACCUUCGGAUGGGCCUUUGUUGCCCACGAAGGGUUCUGAUGAAUUCAAGCCAUUUAUUCGCCGCCUUCCAGAGUUCAAAUUCUGGUAUUCCUUCACAAAGGCAUUCUGCAUAGCAUUUGUCAUGACCUUCUUUUCCAUGUUUGAUGUUCCUGUGUUUUGGCCAAUACUACUUUGUUACUGGAUUGUUCUUUUUGUCCUUACUAUGAGGCGCCAAAUUGCACAUAUGAUCAAAUACAAGUAUAUUCCUUUCAACAUUGGAAAGCAGAAGUAUGUUGGUAAGAAGGCUUCUGCAAGUGGCAGUGGUUCACGUGGGGAUUAAACAUUGACCGGUUCAUAGGGCUUGUAGAAAAGGACCAGAUGGGGAAAAAUAUGUAGAAGUGAAGAUUCAUGAUAAUUGAUUUUUUUUUUUUCCCCUUCCUUUUUGAGUGACAUGCAUUAAUGUUAUGUGAUGGUUUGGAAUAUGCACUCGCAAUUGUGCCUUGGCAUUUUAUGAUGGCAGAGUGCUGAUGUAGCAGAAAGUGAAAUUUCAUCGUUUAUACGCAUAUUAAGAAGAUUCAGUUAUGUUUCUGAAAAUGAUUCUAUGUAAACUGCAUGGUGCAGUAUUAUUAGUUCACUCUCUGGUUUCUCAAUGUUAGACAUGGAAAUUGGCAGUAGCAGUUAGUGAAAUUUUCAUGCAAAUCAGAAGUUAUUACAGCCACUGGAAUACAUUUCUAUUGCAAGAGAACUUUCUAUUUUGUCCUCA